UUAGUGAUGUAUUACCUAAUAUUUUUAGUUUGCGUUGCCUUUUCAAGUAUUAGUCCAGCUGAUUAUAUUUCAUAAUCUGAUCGUCCUAAGAUUGCUGCUCAUCGUGGACUUUGUUCAAUCUUUCCAGGUAUUAUGAUGUCUUAUUUAAAUAGAAAAUACAGCAUAAUCAUUUGAAGGUGCAAUGUUUUAAGGAACAGACUUCAUUGAAUUAGAUGUUGUCCUAAAUAAAGAAUUACAAUGUAAAUAUUGAAUAAUUUAUAAAUUUGUUUAGUAAUAGUAGCACAUGAUACAUUUAUGAGUGCAGUUUCGAAUAUUAAAUAAAUGACAGAAUAUUCAUCUAGAUAAAGAAAAAGAACAAUAAAUGGAUAAGUAAGAGAUGAUUGGUGGUUGAUUGAUUUCAGUAUUGAUGAAUUAAAAAGAGUUGGAAUCAAUUAAGUGAGAGGUUCAACAAGACCAAAAAUGUUUGAUGGUCUUUUUACUUAUCCAACAUUAUGGGAGGUCUUAACAUAAGUAAAGAAUUUUAACAAUCGUACAGCAAACUAAAGAAAUCCUAACAAAAAGCCUGUUGGGAUUCUAUUAGAAAUAAAAGAUUACUAAGUAUAUAUACAUCUUAUGACGUAGUAUCAUUUAGAAUACGCAGGAGUAUCAAUAGUUGAAUUAGUCAUUGAUGAAUUAUAAAGAUUUGGUAUAGGAACAAUAAAAGAUUGUAAGAAUGUUGUUCCAAUUGUGAUAAUGAGUUUUGAUAUGAAUGCCAUAAAAGCUUCAAGAGAAUUGACUGAUCUUCCAAGAGUAUUUUUAAUGACUGGAUUACAAAAUUAACCAUCAACAUUUUAUGCUGAAGCUACAAAAUAUACAAACAUUAUUGGAGUAGAUUUAGCAUCAGUUUGGAAUCAAAAGACAUAGACUACAUAACCAGAAGUUUAACUUAUUAAAGAUAAUUAAAUGAUGGUUUAUGCUUGGACAUUCUAAGAUGAUAAUAGUGGAACUCAAAAUAUGUUCAACUCAACUAUUGCUAAAGGUAUAUAUUAUUAAGCAGUCAAAAUGAACAUCCAUGGUCUUAUCACAGAAUUUCCAGAUGUAGCAAUCUAAUAUGUUUAAUUAUAUUAAAAUUAAUGA